AUGAGCUCGCUGGCUGCUCUAGCGCUCUCCCUCCUUGGUCCUCGAGAGCGAACACUCGUCACUCAUCACCCUGCGUUGCCUCCCUCCUACCCUCUGGCAGUCCGAAGCCCGUAUCUUUCGACAUGGAUGCCCAGGGAUCAGGUCCAGACAUUGCCCUUUGCCGAGCCCCAGUUCUGGGCGGGUCAGAGUCUCACCUGGUCGGUGAUGGCACGCGUCAGUAACCAGACGUACAGUUUGAUGGGCGUGAAGGAUCCCGGCGAGGACAUCCGUCCGGCCAUUGUUCGAAACGCCAUGUAUACGGCGACCCAUUCUAUCUUCAUUCUUUCCGCUGGCUCGGUGACUUUUACCCUGGAAUUUUUGUCUCCCAUAUCUCCCUCAAACUAUGUUCGACAGUCUCUCCCCUUCAGCUACUUGACCGUUACUGCAUCGGAGGUUUUCAAUCAGAGGGUUGAAAUAUUUUCCAGCAUUGAUGGAAGAUGGACUGGGCGGCCGCAGAACACGACUAAAGGGUUUGCGAUCGCCGAUUGGACGUACGCUUACUCCUUGGGUGUGGAGGAUAGCAUUCCAUACUCGGAAGCCGAUGAUAUGGCUACUUGGGGCGAGGUCAUCUUCGCCUCUCGCCGAUCUUCCACGCCCAAACCGUCCGUGAUCACCUUUUCAUCGGGCAAGAGUGAAGAAGUGCAUUCUCAAUUUGUGAAGACCGGGAGACUAGCAGAUGAUCAACCACCCUGGGCUCCGGGAGGAAUCGUGGCAUUGGCACACGAUUUAGGUAUAGUCGAGGAAAAACGUUCCGUGACAUUUGCGGUAGGGCACGUCCGCGAAGAGUCCAUCAAUUACCUAAACAAGCCCUAUACCGGUUAUUAUCGAUCCCAAUACCCGGAUGUCCAUCAGGCAGUCAACCACUUCUUAAAGGACUAUGACCAUGCUUCUGAAGAAUGCAAGAUCCUUGAUUCCAAAAUGCGUCUUCAGGCCGAAGACGCAGGGGGUAAGAAAUACGCGGACAUUGUCACUCUGUCGGCUCGUCAGGCCUAUGGAGGGAUUGAGGUAACCAUUCCUAACGAUACACUUAACACCACCGAUGUUUUGGCGUUCAUCAAGGAGCUUUCCAGCGAUGGAAACAUCAACACGGUAGAUGUUAUCAUGCCCGCCUUCCCAAUCUACUACGUUCUAGAUCCAGACUACAUUCGACUCCUGCUAGAGCCGAUGAUGAGGUAUCUGGCUGCUGGACGCUGGCACAAACCAUAUGUGAUCCAUGACAUGGGCAAGCAUUACCCCAAUGCGAUCGGCCAUGACAAUCAGCGGGCCGAGCGAAUGCCCAUUGAGGAAUGUGGCAAUCUGUUGGUGCUCGUUCUGGCCUAUGUACGAGCAACGGGUGACAUCCAAUGGGCCGCCCAGUACACAGACAUUUUGCAAGGCUAUGCAGACUAUCUAGUCAAUAAUGGCGUCAACAUCAUGGAGCAGCUGUCCUCCAACGAUGCGGCUGGCGCUCUUGCCAAUGAGACUAACCUUGCCAUCAAGGCCGCCGUCGGGAUCAAGGCGUUUGGCGAACUGACCGGGCUCGCUGAAUACUCUCGGAUUGGGCAAGCACGGGCGGAUCUUUUUUUCAGCCAGGGCCGCGGGACGGACGAGAAAAAGACACACUUUGUACUCCAAUAUCCCGACAAGCCCGCGUCCUGGAAGAUCCCUUACAAUCUCUACCCAGACGUGCUAUUGGAUCUGCAAACCUUCCCCGAAGCGGCGUACCAAAUGGGGAACACCUUCUUCAAGAAGGUCCGCGCCGAGUAUGGAGUCCCGUUGGAUAGCCGGCAGGACUGGGCCAAGUCGGACUGGAACAUGUGGCUGGCGGGCACCUUGGACCCCAGCACUCGCGACGAGUUUGUAGAUGAUCUAUGGGCCUUCAUGACCAACGGCAAACACAACUGGCCAUUCUCCGAUCGCUACGUUGCCACAUCCGCCAAGGGCAGAAAUCCGGGAAUGCCUGUGCUGUGUCGAGCCCGGCCAACCGUGGGAGGACAUUUCGCUCUGAUGGCACUGCAAGGACCCAAGUCCCUCCAGACUGCGGUAUCCGAGAGAGCGACGAGAAACAAAACAGAAAAUUCCUCGACAACCAGGAGUUUUCUAUCAAGUCGGGGGAGGAGCUCUAACCUUGUCCCUUGCGGCUUGCGGCCGGGAGCUGCCCCUGGGGCUUACAUAAGCGGUACCUUCACUUCGGCUGGAGCAGCACUCAGGCUUGCUUUCGCCGUGUUCCAAACCGCCUCGUCGUGCUUGCUUUCACUCCUCCCCCCACCCCGUCCUCCACACAACUUCGCUCCCCAAGGCUAUCCCCUCCCCAACGGUGCCGUUCCCUCGGGUCCUGUUCCCGGCGCCGCCCCUCUCCUUCCCAACAAUGGUCGAAUCAUUCAGAAUGGCCCCGUCAGAGUGCUGUGCAUUGCGGACGUGCGAGGUAAUCUGAAGUCUUUGAAUGAACUGGCCAGGCAGGCCCGUGCAGACCAUAUCAUUCACACUGGUGACUUUGGUUUUUAUGACGACACCUCCCUCGAGCGCAUUGCCGACAAGACCCUCAAGCACGUGGCUCAGUACUCGCCUCUGCUCCCCGAGAAUGUGAAGCGGACAAUCGCUCAGACUCCUCCCCAGCAGUCCAUCAAGCAACGAUUCACCCCGGAUCAGCUUCCCCUCUCAGAGCUUCCCAUGCUGCUCGACAAGCGCCUCACUCUCGAUGUUCCUGUCUAUACCGUCUGGGGUGCCUGUGAGGAUGUGCGUGUGCUGGAAAAGUUUCGUUCGGGCGAGUACAAGGUUGACAAGCUGCACAUCAUUGACGAAGCCAACUCGCGACUGCUCGACAUUGGUGGCGUUAAGCUCCGUCUCUUGGGUUUGGGAGGAGCUGUGGUCAUGCACAAGCUAUUCGAUAAUGGCGAGGGCAAGACCACGAUUGCUGGUGGACAAGGCACUAUGUGGACAACCUUGCUGCAGAUGGGAGAGUUGAUUGACACAGCAAACCGUGUAUAUGACCCCUCAGAGACUCGGAUCUUCGUCACACAUGCGUCACCCGCCCGUGAGGGUAUGCUGAACCAGCUGUCCGUCACUCUCAAGGCUGAUUUCUCCAUCUCCGCCGGCCUCCACUUCCGUUAUGGUUCGUCCUACAACGAAUUCUCCGUGAACCCCUCGCUGGACCACUACCGAGGCAAGCUCGCUGCUUCAAAGGCGUCCUUCAAUGACGUAUGGGAGACCGUCCGCGGUGAGGUUGAGGCCGCCAUCUCGCAGAACGAGGCUCAGAAGACUCUACUGGACAACGCUCUUGAGGUGGUGACCAAGAUGCCCACUGUCGCUAACGGUGGCAAUCCCUUCGGUGGACCCGCCGCCCCCGGUAACGCAGCUGGCCAGGUCGACGAAAGCGCCUUCAAGAACAUGUGGAACUUCAACUUGGCGGAUGCCGCGUUUGGCUUCCUGGUCCUCGAGAUCGAGGCAGGCCGCAUCGCGACUGAAAUGCGCGCUCAGGGUUUCAACUUCGCCCACCGUACCGGCAAGCCCCAGUCUGUUGCCACAACCCAACCCGCUCCAGUGCCCACUGCCGCCCCCGUCAACAUUCCCUCUCCUCGUGUCCCCGGUGCUGCUCCUCAGUUCGGUCAGGCUCAGCCUGUUGCCCCCCGUACGGCUCUCCCACCGCAGCAGCAAUCUUCGGCACAGCAGCCCGCGCAGGCCAAGGCUCCCGCCGCCGCUCCCGCUCGCACUUCCCCCGUUCCCGUGAUUCCUAAGCCUGCGACUCCUCAGCCCGCUAGCGCUCCUGCUGCGCAGCCUGCCGCGGCGUCCCCGGACAGAACCACUACCACCGAGCCGAACGGAACUAUUCAGCCCGAGAAAAUCUCUGAGUCGCCUCUGCCCAAGGUUGAGAAGAAGCAGAGCAACGGACUGUUCGUCUCGAACGUUGAGAAUGAGCAGGCUGUGCGUGAUCUCUUCCAGGAUGAAGACAAGGCGAAGAUCGUGCGGAUCGAGAAAUGGGGCAAAUACAACAACCACGUUGUCCACUUCGCUACUGUUGACGAGGCCAAGGCCGCUCUCGAUCGUCAGCCCGCGGAACACAAGAAGCCCAGCCCAGCUGGCCAGCCCCGUAAGCCCAACGUCAAGUUCUUCGAGGAUCGAGGCGGUCAUCGCGGCAAUGCCGGUACUUGGCAGGGUAGCAACCGCGGAGGCAACACGUCCCAGCGCGGCUACCAGAGCGGAGGCGCCAGUGACAGCGAGACCAACCGGGGGCGUGGAUUCCGUGGCCGUGGUGGUGGUCGCGGCGACCGCGGGUCUCGCGGCGGACGAGGUGGUCGCGGUGGCUUCAGCAAGGGCGCUCCGACUUCCGACUCGGGCCCUGGUGACAAGCCGUCCGCCACUGGAGGCGAUGCUUGA